AGCCGGCUUCCCUUCUCUGUCUAUAUACAUUCUUCAUCCCACGCGCAACCUUCUCUUGGUGUCCACCGCAUAAGGUACUUCCUAGCCUUAUCAUCGACCUUAUCGGCCAGUCGCUACCACUCCGCUUGUACAAAAGUACAACCACGUACAGGUACACAUACAACCGAGCAGGAUAGUACACGUAGUAGUACAUAUUCUACAGAGCCGUGAGAACUGCAACUGUCUUCUUCCGUGCACGAGCUCGAGAAGGAUCGUGCUCCUCAGCUGCUGUACCAGGACGGUCCACUUGUUCGUGUCAGGUUCCACUCCAUCCUACAUCUACUGCCACGCCAAUGCCCGUACAUCAGCUCCGCGACGCCGCCGCCGCUGUCCAUUCAUGAGCUGCUCGCCAUGAGAGCGCUUCCGCGCCGCCGCGUCUGGUCGGCCCCAUUUUUCACCCUUCUCACGCGCUUCUCCCUGCUGUCGUUACUGCUCUCCAGCGCGCGCGCCGCCUUCAUCACCUUCGAAAAUUGCCUUCCCGAGAGCACCGUCGACUCGGAUCCUCAGCAACUGCAGUUCACGCCCUACUGGGUCGACGCUUCGUUCCUCUCCGACCACCGCUUCGCACGCUCCCUCAACCUGACCGUCUACGGCAAUGUCUCCGGUCAGCAGUUUACCGGCGAUUAUCCCCCUGCGGACAGUCCGCAAUGGCGAGACAAGAACGAUACCUUUGGCAAGAUUGCCAACGUGGGCACUGACAACAAGUACGCCACCUUGACUGCCGACUACGAUGUCGUGACCUAUACCGCUCACCACAAUCGUGGGCAGGAGUUUUGUGCAACGCUGGUCAAUGGCACCGGAAGCUGUCCGUUGGGUCCCUCCUUUGAUGCGAAUCGAAGUGACCCCAACACCCUCCCUGCCUUCAGCCUCAAUCAGCCAUUCAACAGCUCCUACGCCUUCAGCACCAUUUCUACCACUCUGCAUCUCAUCAGUGGAGAUGUCGGAGGGGCCAACAUGGGCUGUAUCAGCGUACAAAUUACACCGGAUCUGGGAAAGAGCAUUGUGGGAUUGUUGACGUGGCUGCCUGCCGUCAUUCUGAUUCUGAAGGGCGUGGCGACGCUGGCGGCCGCUAUAUGGUCACCGUGGGGAAGCGAGGAUAUCUUCAGAUGGAGCAGCAAUUACGGAAGAGAUGAAGAUUUGCUCAGAUUGGUGACUCCCGGCUUUGGAGACUGUCUGCAGUACAUUCAGUUCAUUGUGCUUACUGGAAGUCUGACCUUGCAAUACCCGGGCUUCUUUCGCCCAGCCGUCAGUCAGGCUUCCUGGUCGACGCUGAUGUUUAAUCACAGUUUCGUCAAUGGCGGUAGCACACAGAGUCUGGUCGAUGGGCUGUACAGCACGAAUGCGACCUAUGGUUUGACGAGAAUGAGCCAACUCGUGGGCUUGCAGGGCGACUCUGAUAUUUGGGCUGGUAUGGCCAUAUGGCUCCUUGUGAUUGCCGCAGUGGUUGUUGCCCUCUGUCAGCUGGGAUUUGUCGGACGGUGGCUGUUCCACAUGGCGACUCAAACUACCGAGGAGGACUUGCGCCAAAAGAAUUUACCAUUCACUCUCGGAAACAUCAUCCGGCUGCUGUUCAACUUCUUCAUCCUCCCCAUUGUCGCGCUGAGCUUGUUCCAACUGGUCAUUUGGUCCCGCUCGCCGAUCAGUGUCUCGGUCUGCGCCGUCAUCCUCUUGCUCAUCAUGGUGGUCUGGGCCGGUUGGAUAUUGCGCUUCAUCUUCAAGACUAAACCGAGAACGCUGCUGUUCGACGACAUGCCAAUCGUGCUGCUGUACGGGCCUCUAUACAACACAUACAGCGAUAGCGCAGCGCCAUUCGCUCUGGUACCAGUCUUCAUUACAUUCGUGCGCGGAGUCGCCAUUGGCGCCAUUCAGCCCUCUGGUAUCGCGCAGAUCAUUGUCUUGGCCAUAUGCGAGGUCAUCCUCAUAUUAACUCUGAACGGAUUCCGGCCGUUUCAGGGACAGACGAGCAUGAAUCUAUACCAUACCUUCUUCGCCACCAUCCGACUGGUCACUAUUCUCCUCAUGAUUGCAUUCAUGCCCAGCCUGGGCGUGACAGAAGCACCCAAAGGGUGGAUAGGAUAUGUCAUUCUGCUCCUUCAUGCGUGUGUGCUCAUCUUCGGCUUCUUCUUAAACUCGAUGCAAACACUGAUCGAGGUUGUUGCCCGCAGCAUGGGCGCUGGAGGGGACAAAGACAACGGGGCUGUUCGAGGUAGCAUUUUGAACUGGCGUGCGUUGAAGAAGCGACCGGAUCGAACGAGAGAUGCUGCUGAUCGCGGUAGCAUGAUGAGUAGUGCUGCGAUUUUGGGUGCCAAUACUGCGUAUGGGACUCGCAGUAGAUCGAUAUCGGCCAGCAGUCAGCAGCUUUUGAACCGCAUGAGCGGCUUCGAGAACUUUAGCCAAGGAGGAGAAGUUGUCAGCUCCCCAGAUGUCGACGUGGAGAGCGCAAAUCAGCAGGGCCACCCCAUGACGAGUGGUGGCACAUCUACGAGUGGUGUCAAGAUUGAGACAGAUGGUUAUUAUCGACCUCCACGACCUAGAAAGACGACGAUCGAGACCCUCGGGGGCACUGGCGCAAGGAACAGUGGUACUGGUGACUUCCCGUACCUAGACUCUCCCACCGGUCCAAGCGGACACGCACGAGAUGCCAGCUAUGACAGCAAUGCUUUUGGGUCUCCAGCGCCAGCAUACAUCCGUAACAGGACGGGCUCGAAUGACGAGACUGCAAGGUACGAGCCAGCGAACCGGACAGAUUAUGCUGUGCGUGAAGUCGAUCAGUAUUAUCGAGGUCCGGCUCUGAACGAGCAAGCCACGAGAAAGCUGAAGACUGGACCGGCAGAUCCCACGGGACCUGCGUCAACGGCUCAGAGCUGGCUGAACAAGUUGAUCUUUGGCGUCAAAGGAGGCAAGACGAAGGAUCAGGGUAAAGGCUUUGAAGUUGUGCGAUCGGCAAGAGCGCCGCCUGGCAUGUCCAGAGAGCCGGAAGACGGCGUAGAAAUGACGACCAGCCCCGGUAUGCAUCAGGAACUGUAUCAGGAUAUGCCUGAUACGCCUGCUUCGCCAACUCAGGCCGUCGCUGGUGCCGAGCGUUCCAUGGAUGACGCGCCAGACAGUCCCGCAACGCCUGGCUUCCACUCUGGCGGUGCAACUGCUGCAGCCGACAUGAUGGCUUUGGAUUCGGACCCGCGGCAAACCGGCGACAGUUUCGACUUUGAAUAUGGCAAUGUACGCGACAGCGUCAUGACAGGACACAGUCGUCCACGGCCCAACAGUGAUGCGCUGGGCAUGCCCGUCUUGGAGCCCAUCACGUUCGAACAUGCCGAUUCGAUCGGUGUCGCCCCGACUCCGCCACGCCGAGCAAGCGAUGCAUCCACAAUGGGGGGCGACGUAGAGGCGCCGGGAAUCAGGUACUCGGAUCAGCCGGUUCCGAUGCUGGCACCCAUUGAGCGUAGUCCCAGCAUUGCUCUGCCUUCGAGGUUCAAUAGUACUGCUUCGCGCUUCACCACGAACCAGCAAAGCCCCACAGGCGUCUUGAGUGACGGGAGCGCACCCUCACGACUCCCUGCGAGUCGUAGUGCGGCUCCGAACAAUGCUGACAUGGUAGAGACUGCUGGUGGAUCGGACUGGCUUCGAGCGGUCGACAGUCUCAGUUGGGGUGACCACUCUCGCCAGACCAGUGUGCGUAGUAGCCAGCAGGCACAGUCGUCACAGUACAUGGCGCCUUCGGUGCCACGAAGAAGUUCUCGAAGACCGCUCAGCCAAGAUGUGGGUGCUGGAGGAACGACGUAUCAGGCUCCAUCUCCCAAUGUGUUUGAGGGAUUCGAUAGUAAUGGAAGCACACCUGAUGUCGACGACCGGCCCCGACAGGGCUCCAUGGCCAAAUCGAACUAUGUGAGUCAUCACCGGGCGCAAGAUAGUAUUUCGAGAAACAGCAUUGGAGCAGCGGCGGCAUUGCGAGAAGGGAGUGCCAGUGUGGAGUAUGGCACACCGCCAGCACAGCAGGACGACUACCUCGGGUCUGCAGGGCGGCUGCUUUGAGAAUGAAGCGGGCCACAUGUGACUUGACUACAUACCUUCUUAUACAUUAUAAUAUCAUGGGGAGGGUAUGGGGAAAAUUUUGGGUUGGUGGGAAUUUAGCGAGGCGUUCUUCGUAUGGGUUUGUAGGAAGCGUUUUUUUUUAUUGCAUGGAGAUGGCGCAAUUCUCACGUGUUACAGGAGUGAGAUGAUUAGACUGGGAAUGUGAAAGGUCGAAAAAGUUCUUGUUGUUCUUGUACAUGACGAUGAAUGAACAUCUGAGGAGAGAGAGAGAGAGUCAGUAAUAAGGUCGAUAGAUGCAGUAUAAUAUGGGAAGGUCUGGGUUGUCUGAUGUCGUGUUUUUUGCCACAUUUUCACUUGGUACACAUUCGCGUUCUGUCCUUGUCAUCCUGCCCCAUUCAUCCAUCCAUCCAUACAUCCAUCCAUCCAUCCCACUCACUCAGUACAUUGUACAUUGUACCAGUGAUUGUACAUUAUACCAUCCUGUUUCAAUCUCUUUUCCUCGGCCUUUUUGAAGAAAUUCCGAUAAGUAGGUAGGUCAGAUACCCAAGGUACACAGGUAGAAUACCUAGGGACCUUACUUUCCUCCACCAGCAACAACAGUCUUGGGCCUCCCCGCCGCAGCAUGCGCCUGCUGAAUUCGCUUCUUGUCAUCAUCCGCAUACGUUCCCGCUCUCAAAUUGACUGUUUGGAGCAAAGAAAAAACAACCCCGGGCAUCGAGUCAGCAUAGGUUUCUCUCUUUUUUUCCUUUUUCCUUUCCUGCUUUCCAUUUCAGGAUUUCUUCCUUUCUUAUUUUCCUCUCGUCUUUUUUUUAUAGGGAUUUCUUCUUACCAUCCUUCUUCCCCGCCUUACUCAAACUCGAAAACCCCACUCCAUAAUUAUACGUCAACGUGCCUCCAAUAUUCGCUCCGAGAAGUAAUAAUCCCAAAGUCAAAAAUUCUGCCACAACGAAGCUUGUAGAAUGCGCAUACACUGCUGAGUCGUCUGUCGAUUCCUUCAUUUCCAUCCCUUCAGAAACCUGUCGUCUCGAAUACCAAAUCCAAGUCGAAACAGCCAACAAAACAUCCAUUGCCACAGCAUGUGCAAUCGUCGCUUUCACUUUCGUCUUGACCGUUACGCCAUCAGAUUCGUACAUUCCUUGUUUUUGAAUCAUGGUGAUGAGUUCUCUGCCGCCUGUCACAACGGCUGGGAUGGCGGUGAGGAGGCCCAGGGAGAGGAGAGAGUGGGCGGCGGAGGUGAGGUCGUGGGGACCCAAGAGGGAAUUUUGGAGGGAGGUGGGGAGGGAGGCGCGGGUGGAGUGGAGAAUGUCUAGAGUAAAGGAGAGGAAGAGGAAGGAGAUGGGGAAGUGGACUGUUGCGGGGUGGAUUGGUUUGCCCAUGGUUUUUCUUUU